CAAAAAACGAGGUGCGCCCUAUGGGCCAGUGCGCCCUAUAGGGCGAAAAAUACAGUAACUUUGUGUAGAAAUAAGUCCUACUGUUGUCAGUGGAGUUUAUUGUUUACAGUUGCAGCCUUAAUCUCCCUUUUUAGAACUCCGUACCUCUUUACACAUACAGACUAGGUUCAAAAAUAAUGGCUAAUUGUGGUUUAUCCAUCAGGUCUGAACCUUGUGUUUGCUUGUCACGUCAUCCCUGGAGGUUUUGGAUUUCUGAAAAUUUUUUGAUUCAGAAUUAGUGCCCUAAGGCAAUAGAGAUCUAAUUUAGCAUGUUUUUACUUAUUUUUAGUGAAAAUAAAUCUCCAGAUGUUUUGUGCUACAACUUCCAUCACUUCCAGCCAGCACAUUCUUUAAAGAAUUCACCACCCUGAGCUGGUAUUUGGCUACAUAUUGCAAAGUUGAUGACUGGUUUGCUUUUAGCUAUUUAGAGACAUGAAAGGGCUGUUUAGCCACAGCUGAGCAGGAGCAGAAUGGGUGUUCUGAGGAAAUGGUGCCAGAGGAAAAUGUGCCCAGCCUUAACUUUGAGCCAUGAAAUGCACGAGUGUGUGUGUUAAUUAUGAGAAUGAGCAUGUCUGCAUGAAAGCAUUUUUCUUCUGGCCCCCACCCCUUUUUCUAAUAGGCCUCAAGCAAACACCGCAGGACAGCGGUAUGAUCUUUUGCCAGAAGAAAUAGCUUGGAAGCAAAAGAUGGCAGGUGCUUCAUAAGACAAUGAUGACAAGCUGUCAUCAUAGCCUUGCCCCAGAUGAUCUUGGGGCAAGCUCACUGUGGAAAUAGCCAAGGCUUCAGGCCAUUUCAUUGGACGUGAAACAAAGUAAACUGGGCCAGUGCUGGUGAGCUGCUCCACUGACUCUACAAGUAGAGAUUCUUUCUAUGGGCCUUUGGAUUCUAUUUUCUAGUUUCUCUUUAUUCCUGUUCUCCACCUAUCAUAGGUAUGUGCCCACUUCGCUACUUGCAUUUACUGACAUGGAUGAUUCUCCUCUGCUUCCUCCCAGGAGGCUGUGGUGCAACUUGAAAACUGCCAGCACCUGCAAGUGCCUCAUUUGAAUGUGUGCUAGCUCCUAUCACACUCCCAUCUCACACUCCCAUCUUAAAACUUGACCAGCUGCAGACAAGGAUGGCUUGAGAGAAACAACCUUUAUUCUCUCUUCCCCACCUUCUGCAAAAAAACCUUGGUUUUUAAAAAAAAUCUAGCCUGAUCAUUCUCGGUGUCAAUGGCCAUGCUGCCAUCUUAAAAUGGGACGAUCCAGUUUCCCAAAUGGUUGAAAUCGCAAAGUUGUCUCCUACUUCCUCUUCCUUCAGAGUCCUCAAAAAGACACCUUUGCUUGACAUGCAGUACUAAAAUAUAUUUAUAUUUGAUAAUUAAUCACAUCAAGUAACAUUUUCCUGUUUCUGACCAUAUUAAUUCUGCAGAGGUUCGGAAGGUGACAGGUCUGAAUGGCAGGUUCUCUCCAGGAGCAGAUGUCUCAGACCUCUGGGCAGGCUGGCACUCUUCUCUACUUGUUUUCACUUCCUUCCCUCCCCCCACCCCAAAUGAGAGAGAUGUCUGGCCCAUACCAAGGGCGGCUGCCAAAAUGCAAAGGUCUCACACAAAGCCCCCAAUUGUGUUCCCCAUGAAUGUGUUAGCUGUCUCACAAGGAAGGACAGCGAAAGCAUCACCGUGCCCAGGACAGCAUCUUUCUGCAGCCUCUGUUCCCUCCCACCAUUUAGAGCAUCUAACGUUUCACCACCACGUGGCUCCUUCUCCAAGUCAAGGUGCCAGGGUGGGCAGUAAAAUGGGGCAUGUUCUCAGGUUUCAAACCGGAUUCCGAGGGAUUUGAUAAUGCACAAGCUCUAUACUGUCAGAAGGCAGAGUCAGAGGAGCAAAGAGGGCAUCAAGAAUGGAGGAACAGACUGUGGCCCACAUCACCCCCUGUCCUGUAAGUACCCUGCCGCCUUUUCUUUCCCCACAACCCAGCACCUGUCCCUUGAUGGGUUCCUGAUCUGUUUCUCUUGGGAUUUUUCCUUUUAAAGGAGUGGAGUGAUGCACAGUCACACAGGAAAACUUGCAAAUGGAUUGUGUCCCACAUUAUUGGGACGCCUGGAGUUCUCAACUUGGGCACCAAAAUACUCAGGGCGUCUUGGGAUCAGGGUAGAAGUGAGAGAACGAUACAGGUUGAGAAAGGGAAUUGAGAGAAUGCUCUGAUCCAAAUCCUUUCAUUGCCCCAGGACAGGGGUACCCGAUGUGAUGCUCUCGAGAUGUUGAGCCCCCAAUUCCCAUCAGCCCCAGCCAGCAAUACCAGUAGUCUAAGGUAGUGUGGUUUGUGGUCCCACAACAUCACAAGGGCACCAUGUCGGCUGUUCCUACCCCAGGACUAUUGAUGCAGAUCUUGGUGUUCCUGGAGAUUGAAGGUACUCCGUAAGCAAGAAUGAUCAAACUUAGUGAAAUCUUUCAUAACCUUAGGGAAAUUAUAUAUGUUAUAGGAAGUCUUACCAUCAACAUUAAACUAAUACUUUGUCAGGCAGCUGCCCUCCAGAUGUAUUGUACUAUAAGCCCCAGCCAGCACAGGUCCAAAACAUCAAACUACAAGGUUGGGGAAGACUGUUUUAUACUUUAUAUUCUGAAUCUCUUGCAUUUACUUAGGCAAAGUACAAUAUUAAACAUUUUAGUUUAAAAGCCUGCCUAAAUAUCUUAUACUGCAAUCCUUUACUUUGGAGUAAAUUCCUCUGAACACAGUGGGACCUGUUUUUGAGCAAGCCUGCAUAGGAUUGCUGUCUUAAUUUCAGUUCUGUGCACUAAAGAUUUUAAAUCAAGCCAGACUUCUCCAAAAACUGAUAACUACACUGCUUGAGAUCCCUAUGCUUUUGCAGAGUAACAACUUGAACACCAAAAUAAUACAAAGACUUAGAUACCAAGGGAAAGAGGAAGAUGUAUGAUCCAUGGAAUCCCUGUGGAUCAUGACAAAAAACAUUUUGAAUACCUUGUAUUACCUGACUUUACAUAGUCCACAGCUUUCAGAAAACCAGGGAUCACUCAUCCAGCAAUGGGAUGAGAAUGAGUUAAUUUCCAUGUCAACAAAACAUUAUUAUUAUUAAUAAUAAUAAUUUAUUAUUAAUUACCUGCCCUUAGGUUCCAGGGCAGGUUACAACCAUAUAAACUGGGUAGGCAAGCCCUGAGCUGCUUAUAUCGCAUAACUACACCUUCUGUAACCAUCAAGUACAUCCAUGUUUGCAUUUUUGUCAUGCCAUUUUAUUGUACUUCAUUUUCUUAACCAGAAUAGGAAAGGGUUGGAGUCCUUCAAAUGAAGGUUGCAUGUGGUGUUUCCCACUAAUACUUUUGAUGUUCAACUUAUUGGUUUCUGUUUGACUGAUGGGCUUAUCUUGGCUCUUAGGAGAGAGCCUUGCCGGCAGAAUCCAAAAGCCCUUCCAGGACAUUUUGGGUUGUUCUUUCUGUCAUUUUAAUCUGUGGAAUCAUCUGCAUUGCUGUGGCAGCAACUCUCAGCUUCGCAAAAACAUCUCCCAAGGUAAGGAGAUUCUCUUACCCGGGGAACGCAAUACUCUGUUCACCAUCCAAUUUUGCCUGCAAGGAGUGGCUGAAACUGUUCAUCAGUUAUCAGCAAAAUAAGGUUGCAGUCCUCUAUACCAGCCUUCCCCAACAGUGCAACCAACCAGCCCACUCCACCACCCCACCGAUGCUUUGGACUACAACUCCCAUGAGCUGUUUACAGCUGGAGGGAGAAGGCUGUUCAGCAUGCUGGGCUGGGAGUAUGUCCCAUUGAACUCAAUGGGACUUGAUUUGAUUUAUUAGGUUUGUUUAUUGCUUUAUAUUAUUACCACUGGAAAACUCUUUAUCUGUAUCCCCUUCCCUGUAUUCUUGCAAUGAUUUAUGUACGAACAAGUAUGUGUUGCACAUGGGAGAGCAUUUUCUUUCAUCUGCCCUGCGCGUUGCAUCAGCAACAUGUUCUUCUGUUUUGAGAAGGAGUAAAUUACUCCUGUCGUCUCCCUUCUUGCACCAGUUGUGAUUUUGCAAACCUCCUUGCAAACACUCCAUUAAAACAUCUGUUUUCUAAGCUGAAGAGCUGAAAGACGUAAGUCUUCCUCUUUCUGGCUGUUGCCAUGACUAUCUUUAGCUGUUCUAGACGCACCCCCCCAAGAAAAGGACCAGGGAGGGGAGCACACAGACUCUUGCUGCAGCCCAUAGACCAGGCAGUUUCUCCCACCCCCACCCCCAACCAGUUUUAACACUGCAUAUCUUCAUAGCCUCUUUUGCAGGUUGUCCGGUUAAACUUCCAGAACCGACCAGGGUCCCGGAUGAACCAGUCGGCUUUCAUGGACAAGUCCAAGAACACAGUUACUUAUUGCAUAACUUCCCCAAGUAACCAAACAACGUCAGUCUUGUUUGACAACAAGAAUGUGAGUGUCCUGGUGGUCCUUGCCUUUCCAAAUUGUGAGGAAGGGGAUGGGGGAAGGGUGCACAAUGCUGAGAAAUUGCCGGUGCAGCCACAAAGCCCACCAAAGCCGUGAAGCUGGCGGGUGCUCCUGGCCAAGCCACUUGAAUGGGAAAUCCUCAUGGCCUGUCUGCCUCCCAGGAUUUUUGUGAUGGUAAAAGAAGCAAUAUUUGUGGCAUUCCUUUAUCCUCUUCAAGUGCCACAGAAUUUUUUUAUCAGCAGGUUAUAUAUAAAUAUAGGGGAAGCUGAUGCAGUUUCCUGGCAUGCAAAGGAGCGUGGUGGAGCACUGAGGAGCCGGUGUUAGAAAUAGUAAAGUGAUCUAUGUCUGAGCAAGCCGCCUCUUGCCCUCCUGCUGCUCAAGUGGCUCAAUGAAAUGAGCAUCCCUCUGGAUGUGCAGGAGGCCCCCAGAACGUGUGGGUUUCAGUGUAACUACAGAAAUUUCAGCCACUCUGAGCAGUGUUGGACAUGCAGGCCCCUAGAACACACACACACACACACACACACACACACACACACACAGCAGGGUUCAUCCCAGGAAUCUUUGAUAGAAUAAAAUGCCCAGGGGCAUGUGCAGAGUGCAUUUUCCUCUGCACACAGCCAUAAGACCCUAAGCAUGUACGUAUUUACACACACAAAAUCAGUAUUGGAAGUCAAAACCUCCAGUUGAGGAAAGAUGUGGCUUCCAGAUCAGAAACCUCUGCAUCUUUCUCUCUGCAAAUGAAACACAAUGGAGCAACUCUCAGAGCCUGUGCCUGAAAGAAGUUCAGGAAAAACAACUAUGAGAAUGUAUUGCAGGGGUGGCUAACCCACAGCCCUUCAGGUGAUGCUAGGCCACAGCACCCAUCAUCUCUGCCUGCCGGCAAUGCUGGGACUGGGAGUCCAGCAUCUCUCACGGGCCACGUAUUAGCUCCCCCAAGUGCAUUGCUGGUGCUACAGGAGGCAGAGAGGACAGUACUAUGUUCACUUAGUGGAUCAAGCAACCUGCCAACAAACAAAACAGGCUUAUCUAGUUUCUUCUGUUCAGGGCUACGUCUGCUACAAGCCCUCAGAGCAGAACAAUUGCUACCUGCGGAUGAUGGAUGACCGAGACCGAGACACUGUCCAGAUGUCCUUCAACCUAUCAGAACACAGGGUAAGCACAGAAUGCUGAAGCAGCCUCCAUAGAAUCCAGAUUCUCUAUAGUCUAUUGUCUAUUUUCUUAGUUUAAAUGAAUUUUGAAGAAGCAUCACCUGGAAAGCCAGGAAUAUUUCAUCUCCCACAAGAGGUGAUGAAAGACACUAACUUAGGCUUUAAAAGGGGAAUUAUUUGUUCCCUUUAGGAUGCAUCUUAAUCAGGAGUGCCUAACCUCUGGCCCUCCAGAUCUUCCUGGACUCCAGCUCCUGUCAUCAUCCCUGACUGCUAGCCAGCUACUGAAUCUGAAAACCCAACAGCAACUGGAGGGCCACAGGUUCUAGAAUUGUAGAUUUCAAAGGGACCCCUUGAGUCAUCUAGUCCAACCCCUGCAAUGCAGGAAUCCUUCCCACAGCUGUCUCUGGGUGGGUUCAAAACACCAACCUUCUGGUCAACAGCAAAAUGUCUUUGUCUAGCCCUGUUGGGCAUUCAGAACAUACGAUGUCACUUCUGCAUGAGGCUAGUGGCCCAUCUAGUCCAGCAUCUUGUUCUCACAGUGGCCAACUAGAUGUCCUUUCCAGCAGCUCAUUUUCAGAAGCAUUGCUGCUUCUGAGCAAGGUAUCAGAGCGUACCCAUUGUGACUAGUAGCCAUGGAUUGCCUUUUCCUCCUCCCUCAAUGUGUCCAAUCCUCUUUUAAGGCCAUCCAAGUUGGUGGCCAUCAUUACCUCCUGUGGGCGUGAGUUCCAUAGGUUAACUGCAUGAAGAAGAGCUGUCCUUCAUAUUAUCCUUCCUGAAUCUUCCAACAUUCAGCUUCAAUGGAUGCCCAUGAGUUCUAGUGUUAUGAGAGAGGGAGAAAAACUAUUCUCUCUGUGCCUUCUAAGCCAAGAUGAGUGGGUUACUCCUAUCCAUUUCCUUUAAGUAAAAGGAAAAGGAGACGAAAAUGUAACAUAGUGGCGGGUGAGGGGGCCGGAGACAAGGAGAGGAAACCCUCUUUCCAGCUCGUGGGCAAUUGAAGCCAAGGAAACAAAGGUGCUUUUGUCAGUGAUUCCACAGCAGCAUAAGUCUGAGUAAUGAUGCAUAAGAGUCCUCCAGACAAAAUGUUAAUGGCUUCAGGUGAGGGGCGAGGGCAGAGGUUUGAUUUCGGAAAGACAGAGGCCCCUGUUCUGCCGGGAACGUCAGGACAAAGCUCAGUGGGGUUGGUUUACCGCCCCCACUUCCAUUUAGCAGGGAGGCAGCGCUCCUGGCCAGCUCUGCCAACGCUCCCCCAGAACUUUGGAAGAAAGUAAAUGGGGAGGAAUGUGAGACACCCGGCAACCUUGUUAAUGAAAGACUGUUUUGAAAAGGUCUGGUUCCCAUAUGUCAGCUGUGUAAACAGAAGUGAUGUUAGGGACCUUGGGGUGAAGGGCAGGAAAUAAAUCUUUAAAAUAUACAAUUUCUUCAUGCAGCACGAAGUUAAACUAUAGAACUCACUCCCGCAGGAGGCAGUGGCAGCCACCAACCUGGAUGGCUUUAAAAGAGAAUUAGAUAAUUCCAUGGAGAAAAGGGGGCUUUCAAUUAUGCUCUCUCUGCCUCCACAGUUGGAGACAGCAAUGCUUCUGAAUACUAGUUGCAGGAAACCACAGGAGGGGAGAGGGCUCUCGUGUUUGGAUCCUGCCUGCAGAUUUCCUGCAGGGCCAUCUAGUUGGCCACUGUGAAAACAGGAUGCUGAAUUAGAUGGGCCAUUGCUCUAAUCCAGCAGGCCCUUAUGUUGUAAUAAUAAGAUUGUUAACGUCAGACUUCCAGCCCCUCACACUUACUAAAGGAGAGGCUAUGCCAUGGAUAGUUGAAGGUGAUGCAUUCACUGUUUCAGUCACUUGCCACUUUUCUUUCUCAUAUGUGACUUAUGGGUGGAUGCAUGCAAUGCUCUGCAUGUUUUGUUGAGGUUGAACAAUGCCAUUUUAUUAUAAGACGAAUAAAAUAUUUACCAUUUUUUUAAAAAAAGGACAGGUUAGUGUGGCCUGGGGCAAUGGCAUAACUGCAGCUCCCCAGUCCCUGACCCCUUGGCAGAACUAGAUGCUGGUGUUCAUCUGUCCACACCAGCCUUCUCAAAGCUGGUGCCCUUCAAAUAAUAAUAAUGUACCCUGCACAUCUGACUGGGUUGCCUUAGCCAGAUGUUUUCGACUACAACUGCCAACAUCCCUAGCAAGCACUGCCGUGAUAUGAGCUGUAGACCAAAACCUUUGCAGGGCACCAGCUGGAGUGAAGGUUGGCUUAUACCAGCAUCUGUUCAGUGCUUCCUUUUGAUGGUCACUAAUGAAGGAUUAAGGAAUGCAGAGCCCUGACACUUGGUGCUUCUUGUUCCUGCCAAGGUGGAUCAGCUGCCGCUUCCCAACGACAGGACCCAGUACUACCGUGAGUUCCUGGGGAUCGUGCCAGGGAGGCAGGUGCGACCAGAAGAGGCAGGGGAGGCUGUCAGGUCCUUGUGUGGGCAGGCGCCCAUCUACUGGGUCAAGAAAAAAGACGGUGAGUGGCCUCCUGGACCCCAGCCCCUAACAGACGCAGCCAGCUGGGGAAGGGUCAUCGUAGCUCAGUGGUAGCCCAUCUGCCUUGCAUGCAAGAGGUCCCAGGAGGUUCAAUUGCCAGUGGCAUCUCUAGGUAAGUCUGGGAAACCCUGGACAGCAGCUGCCAGUCAGUGUAAAGAACACUGAGCUUCAUGGACUAAAGGUAUGACUGUAUAAGGCAGAAUCUCGCAGCAUGUUGUGAGGAUGAAAUAAAGAGGAGGAAGAGGCAUGUAAACCUCCUCAAGCGAAAGGUGGGAUAGCAAUAUAAUUAAUUCAAAAACUCCUGCCUCUCAGCAUGCCCCUACAUCAGCUAGGGUAAAUAAAAAUAAUCCCAAACCAGGUUGUAUUCUGAGGACCAUGUAGAAAGGUGGACAACAGGUAUCCAAUUAAGAGCUUUCAGGCUUGCAUUCAAUCUGCUGAGCAGAGCUCCAGUCCCUCAGAUUGAAUUCCCCUAGGAUGAGAAGUGCUAAACAAGCUGGGGUGUCUCCCACUGUCUUAAGAGCUCAGAGGUGGGGAGACACCCUUUCUGGAACACUGGAGCCUUUUGGUUUCUUGGAUGGGAGAUGUACAGCAGCAGAGCCCGAGAUCUACUUCUUGAAAUUUAAAUACGCAAAAUUAUUGAAAGUCGGUGGUUGCCUUUUUCCAGAUUCUGCAAGAGAGCUGCAUUAAUACGCGGCCUCCCGCUCCCCCCCAAAUAAUCAGUUUUAAUAGUAAACGCUCUGCAUUUGGAUGCCGUCCAUGCACUAACCACACCCGUCGCACACCUGUUCUCCUUGUAGGUCCUCCAAAGCAGCGGCUAAUCUACCUGUGCAUCGACAUCUGCUUUCCGAACAACAUCUGCGUCUCCAUCUGCUUCUACUACCUUCCCGAAUGAAUGGCCUGGACCACCCUCUGCACCUCUGCUCUUCUCUACUUGAAUACAAGGGCGAGGCUCUGCUGUCUCCGCCAAGCCCACGUUGCAAUUCAGGGCUCUGGAUUGGGCAAGAAGGGCUACAGGAACCUUCCCCAACCUGGUACUCUCUGGGUGCUUUGGACUACAAUUCCCAUCACCACAGCUGUGCUUCCUGGGUCUGAUGGGCUUGUAGUCCAACAGCACCUGAAGGGCACCAGGUUGAGGAAGCUUGAACUACAGCGACACUCAGUCAAGAUGGCAGUAUAUACAUAUGUGUGUGUGUGUAUAUAUACUGUAUGUAUAUGUAUACUCCUGCUUUAUUUACAAAGAGUGUUGCCCUUUCAGCUAUAAGCCUGUAAAUAAUUGUCUGUGGGGAGAAGAAACUGCGUGGUGUAGAUCCAGUUAAAAAUCUGAGUCAAACAAACAUUUUGUAAAUCAAAGUA